AUGUCUUCAGAGACUUUCGACUAUAUCGUUGUCGGCGGAGGUAUAGCAGGGACCGUCAUAGCAUCACGUCUCCAUGAACGUGACUCUUCACUCAAAAUCCUCCUCAUAGAAGCCGGACCAGAUUCCACCCGGACGUCCCUUGCGCCCUUCACCGCUAACCCCACUAAAGUAGCUGCUCUCAAAGGUUCCGAACUAGACUGGAAUUAUGCCACCGUAUCACAAAAGCACCUCGACAAUCGAGAAAUCUACGCAGGAGGCGGGAAAGCACUCGGCGGAAGCUCAGUCAUCAAUUAUGGGGUCUGGACUCGAGGUGACUCGAUAGACUACGAUGUCUGGGCCAGCAUGGUCCAUUCUCCCCGCUUCAGUUGGGCGGGAAUGUUGCCCUAUUUCAAGAAAACAGAAACGCAUUAUGAUCCUUCUGCUCCUCAAGAAUACCAUGGACAUCACGGUCCCGUGUACACGGCAUCCGUGUCCUCCUCUGGACGAGACUAUGCCCUUCGAGAACCCCUCCGUGCGGCUUGGGCUGAAGUUGGAUUGUCUCAAUCUGAAGAUAUCAACAAUGGCUCUCCCUUAGGAGUAGCAGAGAUAGUAGAAGCUCGCACCAAAGGACAGCGUGUAAUUGCUUCCGCUGCUUAUCCAUUAGCCGGAGUCACGGUCCUAACAUCAACGCUCGCGAAGCGUGUCCUUCUCGCCACCAAGCAUGGCAAAACAACAGCAACAGGCCUCGAGCUCGCAGAUGGGAAAACAUACACCUGCACACGAGAAGUAAUCCUCUCCGCCGGCACCUUUCGAACCCCCCAACUGCUCCUCCUCUCAGGCAUCGGUCCCGCAGCCAAACUAGCGAAACACUCCAUCCCACAAAUCGUCGAAUCACCACACGUAGGCAAGAAUCUCUGGGACCACCUCGGUGUGUUGCAACAAUGGCAACUCUCGCCCAAAUACACUGCCCUCGCAUCCUCAGUCGGCUCCUCAGCAUGGACAGACCCGAAGUUCCAAACUGGGAAUCCGACAGAUUGGUACACGACCGCUUCUAUCCCCUCUUCGCCUCUCCAAGCUGCAAUUUCAACAGACCUUAGCGGCUCUGUUUCGGAUUCUUAUCCAUUGUUGAAAGAGCCGAGGUGCCAAUUAGCUUUUGUCGUUCAAUACGUCGGCUUCCCGAUAAAUGGCUCGAGGAUCACGACUUGGGCGUUGAAUCUGAUUCCUACCUCUAGAGGAACGGUGACGUUGAGGAGUGGGAAUGUGAGUGAGAAGCCGUUGAUUGAUAAUCGUCAUUUUGAGACGGAGGCAGAUCGGUAUCGCCUCCGGGAAGGGGUUAGGAUGGUGGCGAGGAUGUUUAGGACAAGAGCGGGUAAGGACAUGGUUGUUGGUGAGGAUGUGCCGGAGGGGGUGAUGGCUGUUGGAGAGGAUUCGAGAGAUGAGGAUAUUGAUCAGAGGAUUAAGAGCGGUGCUGGGACGAUCAAUCAUCCGGCAGGAACGGCUUCGAUGGGUAAAGUUGUCGAUACGGAGUUUAGAGUUAAGGGCGUUGAGGGCUUGAGAGUCGUGGAUGCGAGUGUGAUACCGACUCCAAUCACAGCCCCGAUUCAAGCCUGCGUAUACGCUCUUGGGGAAUUAGCUGUAGAUCUCAUCCUUGGAUAG